GUCAGUCAACAACCAGCAUGCGCGCGCACGCGUAACGUAUCGCUACAGAGAAUAGCCUAUAUUUUUUACCAUAUUCGCCGGCAACGACAAAUCCAGUAUUGAUCGGGCCUCCGCCGCGAAACGGCGUCUCAAAAAUGUGAUACGAAUUUUCCGCGACGACCAUUGUUCGAUACAAUAAUACCCAUUAAAAGCAAUUGACAGUCAAUUGAUGAUAAAGUGAAAUCAUGGCGAUUUUGUUGUGUCCUAAUGGUUUCAAGGCUUAACGAUAUGUCGAAGAUACCCAUCGAUAGACAUGGCAAGUCAAGAUCGCUAAAUAUCCGCAGCAUCUACUCGAAUGAACCUUUGAAAAUAAGAACUUGUACCGAUGUUAAAAAUAGAGGAAUCACUGAAAACACAUUAGAUGUUAAAGGAAAAGAAAAGUUAUUGUUAAAUAAACCUUAUAUGUCGUUAAUUCCUAAAAUGAGUAUGAUGAAUACUGAAAAAGUAGUAGAUAAAAACCCUCGUAUUUUAGAUUUAAGGGAAAAAUUAAAUGAAAUUUCCAGGAAACCAGAUCAUAACGUUGAUAAAAUAACUAAAGGCCUAAUUAACGACAUAACGCAACAGCUGGUUGAAGACAAAGAAGGGGAUGAAUCAGGGCCUUACAGUUUAUUAUUUGAUCUCCAGACAAAUCCUUCUACUUCUUCUAAACAGCUUGCGAGACCAGAGUCUUGGAAUUUAAAAUCAGUAGAAGACCUUCUCGAAUCAAAAUCUCAAAGCUUAAGCAGAAUUACUUGCUUGAGUAACAAAAGUGUUGAAAGAUUGCCGAGUGUUUUGAAUUUUGAUGAUAAACCCAUGAAGGAAUUUGAAUACUCGUGUGAAAAAGAACUUCACUAUACAAAAAAACCUUUUAGUACUCAGUCAAGAUCUGAUCUCUGCCUACAACUAAAAUCUCAUGUACCUCCUCGACUUUACGAAACGAAUUUAAGUCCGAACGACCAAUCAUUAAGUAAAAAUAACGAAGAAAACUCUCUCGAUGACAGCUUAGGUAUCCUUACGCCAGAUCAAAUGGAUGACAUUUGUUAUUUAGAAAACGCAUUUUCCCCUACGGUUGAAGGUUUGCCAAUUUUUUGCGAUAGCAAUGAAUAUAAGGCGUCUCCAGACAAUGGAGAUACUCCAUCAACGGAUAAAACUGAAAGUAAUUCAGCUGCUUCUACUAUACAAAACGACGGUUUUGAAAAAAUGAGUAACAAAUGCAUCAAGUUUCGGGAAUCUUUGGCACCAAUAGCUACAUUAGAUGUUAUUGAUCCCAUUAAUUAUGAAGAUAGUGGUUACAAAACUUUCAGUUUUUCUAUUGAGGAAUCGGUGGGGAAAGAAGACAGUUUUGCUGACGAUGACAGAGAUUUUGGAAAGGAAGAUAGUGUCAACUUAGUUGAAGAUGAAUUUUUACCGUCAAUUCAUGGUAGUAUCUUAGAGCCAGCUAGUUCCAUUGGUGACACAACUGUUAAUUUAGAUAUACCGUUGGAUUGCAAACAUGGCAAUCCUAUAGCACCUAACAGAAUAGAACAAACACCAUCACCUGAAGAUUUGCCACUUGACAGCUCUGAUAUUAACGGCGAGAUAAGCACGUAUUCCCAAUUUUCAGCAUCAACAUUACAUGACUCCCAGACCUAUUCGGACAGUAAAAACGAUAAAUCAAUGGAAACUUCAAAAGUUUCCAACAGUUUUAUAACGAGUAUAACAAGCAUCACAAGUCUUGAUGGUUAUCAAGGAGACGGUGAAAUGUCAAGACCAGUCAGUAGAAGUGCAGAACAUAACGUUGGUCCUAGAGAAGAUGCCAUUGAAAUGGAUUGGCAGAAUGUCCCUGUGACAAGAAGAGUUGACCCCAUGACCGAUUCCGACUUCUUCACGGAGAGCGAUGCGGAUGGUUUAGACGAACAUAUGCAACGAGGCGAUCGGAAAGCACAAGUUAUUGAUGGUGCCCUUUAUGGUGGUAAAAAUGGAAAUGGUAAUGCACCACUCAUUGUAAAUAGAAGUGAAGAUUCAUGCAUGGAGUCCAGUGGAGUUUAUACUGAUUUCGAAAACCAUCGUGCUUCGCCUGUUUUCCUUAAUGUUAUAAAUGACAUGUCUCCAACGUCAACGACAUCAACACAUUCAGAAUGCAGUCAGAAAAGUUCUGGUUAUGGAAAAAUAAACCUUUCUUUCACCCCUUUGGAGGACACCCAAGAGGAACAAAACUCAGAUAUAUCGUCUCAUAUUAUUGAUGAAGAUGAAACACCAAAAAAUACAAGUAAAAGAAAUUCGCUUAACAGUGUAAAAGAUAUGAGGUGUUCUGACAAAAAUAAAGAGGAGAAACGUAGUUUCACGUUAAAGAAAUAUAAAAUGCCUAAACGUGAUGUACCCAGCAAAUUAAAGACUAUGCUGGCUAAUAGAAAAACCGAAACUGAUAAUAGCGUACAAAAUAGUCCAAAAAUAGUAAAGAAAACGGAAAGGCGAGAGAAUUUUUUGAAAAAGAACGCCCUGGAUAUAAAAAUUGAUUAUAAAACGAAAUCAUUCAAAGAUAUUAAAUCAAAAGUGGAUUGUUCAUUUACAUUGCAACGUUCGCAGACAUCAUGUAGUGUAACAAGAAUACUGAGCUCAAAAUCAACAAAUAACAACAUGAAACCCAAAAGUCGCCACAUGCGGAUGCGGAUGGACUUGGGUUCUGCGAACGGCAGCGGCAAGAGCAGCCUGCAUAGUUCUCAGAGCGACAUCAGCGCUUCCAGUACACCACUUGGGAAACACACUUCCAGCCGCUUCCCUUUGCUACGAAAUGGGAAGAAGCGGGAAAGCGCUCCGACGCCCACCACCCCAAGCCGCCCUCCGCCGGCGCCGCAACCUCCCCCGGCAUCUGUUAAGAAAAAUGGCGUGGUCCAAAAGCUGUCAUCGUCUCCUGUGGCAGUGCGGGCGCGGAACUCUCUCGCCCCACCACCUUCGCCGCGGAAGCCACCUCCUCUCCGAGUGCCUGCACAGAGGCCGAACACUCUCGCUACCUCCAAAGAACCGCCUCGCGUGACAGCGGCUGUGGGGCCACGUGGCAAGCGGGUACAGACGCCGCAGCCCGUGCGCUCGCCGCCCGCGCCGCUUGCCGCGCCGGCUCCCGCGCAACCGCGCGAACACUCGGUAGCACUCGCUCACGCCGCUAAGGGCGUUGAGGCGCUGGGCGUUUUGGUGCAAUAUUUAGUUUUCCGAUUGGAUGCGCUAAACAGCGGGUCAUGGCGACAAGAAGCGGAGCGGUGGCGUGGCGUAGCUGCGGCCGAGCGGAGUAGCGCGACUCGCGCCGACCGCGAUCGGCAACAACGUGCACAAAAAGAUCUUGAUACCAUCGCAGAAUGCCUGAGCAAGAUCUCAGAGCUAGAGAUGGAGGUUUCGUCCAAGGAAGAAGCAAAUGCGCGACUGCAAGCCUCACACAUUGAGGAAGUGUCUGCAUUGGCGAGCGACGUAAAAGGGCUAAAGGAUACAAUAAUGAUCCUCAAGAAAGAAGUAGCUGAAAGCAGAGCACGACUGCACGCACACAGUGAAAUCGAGCGUACCUUGCGCGCACAGCUCGAGGCAGCGCGGGCAGAGAUUGAGCGCGCCAAGUCACGCAACUCGUCGGCAGACUCGUCGCGCGACCGAUGCAACAUGUGCGACGCGGCGUGCGAUCCAGUUUACUGCGCAGCGGAAGAGUACGAGUUGCAAUUGAACACGAAGGAAGAAUUGAGCUCGGAUGCAAGCGAAUUAGCUGCGGAGGUGCGAUCUCUGCGAGCCGUAAUCGAGUUGAAGCAAGCCGAGAUGGCUUCAUUGCGCGAUGCACGAUCCGAAUUAUCAGUGGAGAGGGAGAGGCGAGUGGCAGCCGAACGUGACGUAUGCUCUGCUCGCCACGCAGCCGAGGAGUUACGCGAACGUGCUGCGGCGAGACAGCGAGAGUCGGACCGCCUGCGUGAGGAGAACAGGAGGAUCAGAGAAGCAGCGGCCAGAGACCGAGACCACGCAACACGCCUGGUAGCGCUAAACGAGGAGCUGAGAUAUAAACUCAGACAGAAAUCUCAGGUGGUGUCACUGCUAGCCGGUGGUGGAUACAUAGAGCGGACGCCAAUGCGUACACGCACAUCUUCAGGCGACUCAGCGCGAUCCUCAUCGCCUCCCCCGGACUCGCCGCCGUCCCCUGCGGCAUCACCAGACCCCGACUCGCCCCCGCUCCCCGCCGUUAAGGGAGUUGUCGAAAAACCCGACUCAGUCAGUUGGGUGCUCGAAAUUGAAGAAACUCCAGAGGAAAUGGCUACGAGGCUAGCACGAAGAUCUUCGUUCCGCGCAGCCGCAUCCCCCAGCGGAGUGAAAAGGAGAGGAGGCGGGUCGCCAGGCAGUGGCUCCCCCGCUCCGGCCUCCCCCGCACCCAACGCCUCCAAGCUCUUCAGGCCUGGAGACCUCGACUUCCCACCGCCCCCGCCUCCCCUUAAGGAAUCCGCAGGGGAGGCGAUAUACAUUUACGACGACCGUCAGUAUUGAAAUGAGUGCUUAUUUAUAAGAAUACCUAGUCUUGUGCGUGAAGACCACGCAUUGACCGCGUCAUUGGGACUCGAUGAUAGAUAACCGAUAUGAUAUUCUUGCCGGACUUUCUUCAUUUGCAUGGACAAGAGUGAUUUAUUGUUUUAUUGGAACUAUGGGACCCAACCGGAUCGUUUUUGUACUUUUAGAGUUUGUCCAGACAGCGUGUCGCACGCAAGAUGCUGGACUUUGUGACUAUGCUCAGAUGAGGAUAGUAUUACCGCAAGCGUUUUAAAAGCGGGUUCGAUCAGUUUCCACUAAAGAUAAGGAUUUUUUGGAAUUGAAAACUAUGUAGUGCGAAAUAUUAUUUGUACCUUGUUGAUAUUUUUUUUUGUCAAAUUAAUGUAGAAUACGAAAAUAAACAUAAUAUUCGUCUGCCUUGUAUUCAAUACGCAGUGUUACAUAGAAUAUACCUUUCUAAGUAUCUUGAAACGCGGGUAUGUAAACGAGAAUUAAAUGAAAUAUUAUGAUAGAUGUUUGUGGUACAUUAUUUCACAAGCGCUCGUUUUUACCGCGUUCAGUGGACAAACUCUUUUUAGCUGCUUAGGCGCAAAUGUAUGAGUAGGUAUCAAACCUGUUAAUUGAUUUUUAGAUUUAAAUAAUAUGCUCUGCAUGAGCUUCUUUGAAUUCUCACUGUAUCGAAAGAUAGGUAAGCAUAACUAUUUAUAAAACGGAUUUUACCUAUAUUAUUUUAUGUAGUUUUAAUAUAUGUACACGUUUAUAAACUUUCUCAAAUAUUGUAAUUAUGUGGUGAUAUGAAUAUGUUUUAUUCACCAAUGAUAUUAUAUUACUUCAACCGAUUAUUAUUAUAGAUAAUAAUAUAAAAUAGAUAUUAAUUAUUGAGUUUAUCUCAUAGGUUAUUUCCGCUUCUGAUCACUUAGUAGUAGCGCUAAAUUUGUAAGUGCAUGGAAAUGUGAAAUGAUAUGCGAGUAUAAAGUCUAGACUCAUUUAUAAUACUUUAUCUAUCUGCUUUUCUCAAAAUCUGGCCUCAGACUAUAUUUUAUCGAUCGGCAGAGUUUUGUUGAAAAACAUAUGUAUGUACCUGUGUGUUGCGCCAAUAGAUAUAGGUAUAUUUAUCAACUAUUUCUUAGAUCUUAUACACUAGGACUAUUUUAAUCUUAACUAUUUAUUUAUUCUUUCUUUUAUACCGACGUUUUUUUCCCGUCUUGUUUCUAGAUCUUGUAUGUUAUCCUUUAUGUUAAAUUUUUUAUAUUAUAUUCUAUUCUAUUGGUGCGAUAAAUGUUUCGGAUAGCUUGAAUCUGCAAUAUUUUAGAUGCCUUUAUUAAAUUUUAUUGUCAGUUGUAGUACCGGCAUCUGCUUAGAUUAAGUUUUGUAAGUUACUUCGUAUUGUUUUAUUAUAUUUGUAACUUAAUGAUUAUAAUGGUUGUUGUUUUUAUUAUUGUGUACAAAUAACAAUGAGAAAAAAAUUAACGUAGUUUUAAGAGAAAUUAUGUCAGCGUUAGAACAAAAUAAUUUGACGCUUUUUUUAUAUUGAUCAAUGCUUUCCUAUUUAAGUUAUCUUGAGUUAUAUGUUAUGGUCGUAUCAUUUAAAUCUAUUAGUAGGUUUACUGUUCUAAUUUAAACAACACUGUUCAAACCAAAGAGUCUCAUUCAUCUUAACUCUUUGUCAUGUUCCUUAAUUAUUACGUUUCUAUGUGAACCUGAUGUUUGCAUGCGCCCAUUCAGGUGAUUUAUUAUUAUUUAUUUUUAAGCUAAAUAAUAUGAAUAAUACCAUUCCAAAUUAAGAAUUGUAAGCGAAAAUAAAUACAUGAUUAGAAGAAUAUCUAUUAAUACAUAAAAUAAAGUAUGUGAAAAUAA